CGCGCGCAAAGCGCGCGCGCAAAGGGAGGCGCGGCGCAAAGUGCGGAGAACACCGCCGCUGAGGACGAAGCAAUUGGACAGAUAGCGGUCGAUAUUAGGGACAGGGGAGAUGAACUCACGCGUAGCAGCCUUACGCCAGAAGGCAACGGCAGCCGCGAAGGCCGUCAAUGACACCUUUCACUUGACAACGGUAGUGUUUGAGCGGCACAAAGUCACUUUUACUAUAGGAGCUUCGGUAGCAUCUGCAGCGGCUGCUUGGGCUGGUUAUACGGCGAGGCAGGUCCAUCAGAAGAAGUUAGAAGACCGACUGAAGUCCAUCGAACAUGCGAUGACAAAUGUCCAUAAUAUGGAAGAAGCGCAGGUGGACGUCCUUAGGGCAGCGGUCGGAGGUGGCAUUGGGUAUCAGUCCUGUGCUGCAACCGUUGGAACGGGGUUUGUCAUUGGGUACAUGGGAUUUUGAUAUCUUUCUCAGCCACAUGGCCUUUUUGGCUAUAAUAAGGGCGAUAAGAAGAUCAACUCUGGCAUCUGAUGCCUUGAACAGG